UUGUUUGUAGAAGCGAGCAACAAGAAGCAGCGGAAAAUUUACAGCUAUUUUAAAACUGCUGAACAGCAGCCAAAAAAUGGAAGCAUAGAGGUCGCGAAGUCCGAACAAGAUGCAAGUACGACCAACGAGAAGACGAAGGUUGUCCCUGCGCUUAUGACACAGCCCAAAAUUUCGGCUGUAUCUAAUCUGACGCGCUAUCUAACGGAAAAAAGCUGGCGUAUCGAAAUAUCAGCCGAAUUCAGUAAACCAUACUUUAGAGAGAUAUCCAACUUCUUAGAGAAGGAGUACCAGGAUGGCAAAACAAUUUAUCCCCCGAAGAACUUAAUUUUUAACGCCUUCAAUUUAGCGCCGAUGCCGCAAGUGAAGGUGGUCAUUCUCGGCCAGGACCCAUAUCACGGGGCGGGACAGGCUCAUGGCUUGUCGUUUUCUGUACCAGUAGGGAUCGAGCCCCCGCCGUCGCUGAAGAAUAUUUAUACGGAAUUGACCAACGACAUUCCGGGUUUUGAGAGACCAUCGCAUGGCUGUUUGACGUCGUGGGCCCAGCAGGGUGUUCUGUUGCUCAACGCAACGCUGACCGUUCAGGCUCACCUGGCGAACUCGCAUGCGAACAUCGGUUGGCAGAAUUUCACCGAUGCAGUGAUUCAUGCUCUAAAUGACAGCUGUUAUGGAGUGGUGUUUCUGCUUUGGGGAGCUUUCGCGCAUAAGAAGGAAAAGUUGGUCAAUCGUAAAAAGCACGUUGUGAUCAAAACCGCCCAUCCAUCACCGCUCUCGGCAACGAAAUUCUUCGGCUGUCGCUGCUUCUCGCGCACCAACGAAGCUCUUGUGAGGUUCGGCAAAGAGCCAAUCGAUUGGAGACUUAAUUAA